UAUUUGUUUGAAAUUUAAACAUUCGGGAAAAUAUAAAAUUAGAGUAAUGUCUACAGAACUAAGGAAGGGUCAAAAAAUGCAAUUACAUUUUUAUGUUAAAAUUAAUAAAGAAAACGAAACAAAAUGUUUAUCUAAAAACUUUGAAGAUUAUAAGAAUAAAGAGGAAAUUGAACUUUUAAGUGAAUUGAGAGAAGGUAUAAUGAUUACUGGAGAUGAGGUUCAUCAUGAUUAUUCUGAUUAUUAUACAAAAUUAGAGAAAUUAUAUGAAGACGAUUUCGAUACUCAUACUUAUUUAAAACCUUUUUUUGAAGAGGAUUUUAAAUUUGAUGAGGAGGAAAUUAAAAAUAUUAAAAAGCGAAAAAGAAACGAAUAA